UCAAAGCAGAGUACAAUUAUUCAGCUGAUUUUGCUCUGUUUUGAACCUUAAAAAACAUAAUAUCGAGCUCUGUAGUCCUCACAGAGGCGUUGGUGUUCCAAACGACAACCUUCAAGAAUCCCUCAUUCCCAUAUCUCUGCACAAACGGCGGCAGAGAAAGAGCGAGGCCAAGAGGGUGUGGCUUUCUAGUGAUGAGAAGAAGCAGAAUGGGGAAAGGGCUUGGAUUCAAUCUCAUCAUUAUUGGGAUUUUGCUGUUCAUCAUGCUCUUGGACCAUUGCCAGGGAAGUAAAGUUGGUGUUUGCUAUGGAAGGAACGCAGACGACCUCCCAACACCUAAUAAAGUGGCUCAGCUGGUCCAACUUCAUAACAUCAAAUAUCUUAGAAUCUAUGAUUCAAACAUUCAAGUUCUCAAGGCCUUUGCCAACACUGGUGUUGAACUUAUGAUUGGGGUUCCGAAUUCAGAUUUGCUGGCUUUCGCUCAGUUUCAGUCUAAUGUAGACUCUUGGCUGAAGAACAGCAUACUUCCUUAUUACCCAGCUUCGAAAAUAACGUACAUAACGGUCGGUGCCGAGGUCACCGAGAGCCCCAACAAUGUGUCUGCCUUGGUGGUGCCUGCCAUGAAAAAUGUACUCACUGGUCUCAGAAAGGCUGGUCUACACAAGAAGAUAAAGGUUUCUAGCACUCAUUCCCUCGGCGUUUUGUCUCGGUCGUUUCCUCCUUCGGCUGGCGCUUUUAGUAGUAACUAUGCAUUUUUCCUGAAACCAUUGUUGGAGUUUCUUGCUGACAACCAGUCUCCCUUUAUGAUCAAUAUCUAUCCUUAUUAUGCUUACAGAGAAUCCCCCAGCAACGUGUCGCUGGACUAUGCACUUUUCGAGUCAUCAUCCGAAGUUAUUGAUCCGAACACUGGUCUGCUUUACACGAACAUGUUUGAUGCUCAGAUUGAUGCUCUUUAUUUUGCUUUGAUGGCUCUAAAUUUUAGAACAAUUAGAGUGAUGGUCACAGAAACAGGCUGGCCAUCUAAAGGGUCGCCAAAGGAGACGUCUGCGACUCCCGACAAUGCUCAAACUUACAAUACGAAUCUUAUCCGCCAUGUUAUCAAUAAUACAGGGACACCUGCAAGGCCUGGAGAGGAACUAGAUGUAUAUAUCUUCUCUUUGUUCAAUGAAAACAGGAAGCCGGGGUUGGAUUCUGAAAGGAACUGGGGAUUGUUCUAUCCAGACCAGACCAGUGUCUACAACUUGGACUUCACGGGAAAGGGCGCGGUCGACAUGUCUACACAGGCUAAUAGUACCAGCUCGAAUGGAACUGCCUGGUGCAUAGCUUCAAGCAAGGCUUCUGAUAUGGACUUGCAAAACGCCUUGGAUUGGGCUUGUGGUUCGGGUAAUGUCGAUUGCACAGCCAUUCAGCCAAGCCAGCCUUGUUUCGAACCAGAUACUCUGGUUUCCCAUGCAUCUUAUGCAUUUAACAGCUAUUUCCAGCAAAAUGGAGCUACUGAUGUUGCUUGUGGAUUUGGAGGGAAUGGAGUUAAAGUAAACAAGGACCCAAGCUAUGAUAAUUGCUUGUAUGCAACUAUUGGGAAGAACAAGACGAUCUCUUCCGGUAACACGACGGCAAUAUCCUCAACUUCCUCAUCUUCUACUUCAAGGAUUGAAGUUUCCGCAGGUUUACCUAUUAUCAUGGCCUUCAUAUCAUAUUUUUUGUAAAUUUCAUGAGAAGGGUCAGCCAGAUUUUGCUAUGCAAAUCCUGUAUGUAGUGUCUGUAUGAUAAGAAUGUGUCUCUAUUUAUAAGGAGGUCAAUGAAGUCGAUUGAAUUGGUUGGUGGAAA